AUGCAAUUCGACGAUGUGAAACUACGAUGGCUUCACCCGGAGGACAUUUACUCCAUCACGAACCGCGUGCUGGAAGACCAGAGUGCAGACAUGGUGAAAUGGGAAUGGAUCGAAGACGUGGCCUACCGAACAUGGACCCGAACCAUUCCCGAGGCCAAAUGCGUGUAUCGAGAAGCACCUACUAUGCUAUAUAUAAAUAAUUGGGAAUUUGUAGGACUCUUGAACGCAUGGUGUAUUCAAGAUGCCCUUUGGCAUUCACCCCUCUUCAACAUGGCCCUGGAAACGAAGGAGGAGGAGCGGUACCUACGGUUCAUCGAAUUUAUCUAUGUCUUUUUUCACUGGCAGCUCAGGUUUAUUCCGAGCAGGACUGUUAGCGGCACUAUUGCCAGUAUCGCGCUGACCGGGCUCACGAUUCCCUACUCCUAUCGAGAGGACACGGCUUGUAUACCGCCUGAGGAUGAGGCCGUUUUCAAGCGCCGCCAACAUUUUGACACCCAAAUCCACCUGAGGCUUAUAGGAGCGGUUGGUAGACAAGAUGCACCAAUCAAGGCGUGCGAGGAGAAGAUGCGACUACUGUUUGGAAACGUCAAGCGGAACUCGGUGCGCUAUAAUCAACGUAUUGGUGAAAAAAUAGAACAAGUGCGCCGUCGAUACAGAAUGUUCCCACAGUUCAUUACUGCUAUGAUUACUGAGCUCAUGCAAGAAAAUAUUACCAUGAUUCCUCCGCACGCAGCUUUAUUUAACGAGGACAGUAUUGAAGCGUGGAGUCUGGCCAGAGAGGAGAUCAUUGACAGAACGUUUGCUCCUCAGAACCUGUUAAGCUCCACUUUCCGUAACAUGACGGUCACUGUAAAGGAAGACCAAAUACUUCGGCUGUACGGAAACAUGCCGUAUAUCCUGAAACAUUUUGGGCACGAAUUGUCUAGUGACUAUCUUUACUACCCCGAGAACCUGGGGAAACUUUCCGAACGAUUCGAGCCCCAAAGAAUAGUGACCGCUUCCAGUAGUCACAUGCCCCCCUUUGACCUACCGCACUUGAUACCCCACAUCAAAGUUACCGCUGCGCAUCUGCUCGAACAAGCAGCAAUGUGCACUCCUACCUGGUACAUGUGGGGACCCGAACAACACGUGCCCAGCUAUUACGUCACAAACAGCAUCCAGCCAUCGGUAGACGGCGCCAUUGAAACAGAGACACCACCCUGUGACAUGAUAACGUAUCUCAAGACGAAAGUAUGUCCUGAGGCUGGUUUUAUGUCGGAAUAUAUUAACAAUAAAAGUCAUGUUAAGGUCUUGGUGUUUGACAUUGACCGCCCACAACCUUUGGCUGUGGUUGACAAGGCGCUCGUGGAGAGUAUGGGGCGUGACACGAUUAGCAUGACCGAACGCAUUUUCGAGAAGAUACCCGAGAUCGGGAGCGGCUCAGCGGUACAUUAUGUCUUUUGGUCAGAUUCUGGGGCUGAGCUUUCUAAAAAGAUUGGUCUUCACCACCACAUAAAACUCCCCCCUGGGAUAGUCAUGACCAUUAACGUGGCGCGACAGCUAGUGGAGCUGGCAAAUAAUCUUCGCUACAUGUACCCUGACACUAUAGGAAUCGAUUGCGACCAGAACGUUUACGACCCGUGUAUCUACCCCAACGCGGACACGCCGACAGGUCACGGGAUCAGGUUACCUGGGCAAAGAAAAUGUGAUGGGAAAAAACCCAAAGUUUGUGUUAUACGCACAGAUGGUCUAGCUCUAUCGGAACCGAUUCCUGUCACGGCCAUGUUUGUACACGCCCCAGACAUAAAUGAACAGGGCGACCCUAUCGUGAUUGGUAAAGUUAUAGAUUACGUACACGAUCUGCUUCCCAUGGACGAUGAGAGUUUUUUGAGAGCAAGCAAUAUCGAUACCUUAAAUAACUUUACAAGAAACAACUGUAGUGCAGACAUCCAGCGUAUCAUGGCUAGCCUCAAUCGGCAUUCCGUAUUAUUUGAUCAAUGGGGUGAAAAUGGCGGUGAUGUUGAGAAGCUUACCAAGAUGGUUAACGAAUUGUGGAUCCUAACUGGGAAGAAGCAGAUGAUUGAAUAUGCCCAAAGCGCCGUGGGACACGAUAAUACGACCUAUCCUCCGCACUUCAUUGAGCAGUUGAACACCUCAUAUUUCAAAGUCAUGCAAAAUCGACUAACUCUCGUCAUCCCAGGUAUGGAGCUUAGGGGUGGCUUGCCCUAUUGCCCUCGAAGACCUCAUCGAAACAAACCUAAAGCACCCGUAAGCGUACACGUGAUUUUCAAUGCUUCCAUGGUGCGGUUUGGCCUAAGCGUGUCGAAUUGCUUCAAGCCCACAUGUAGAUCAAAACGGCUACACACGAAUGUGUUCUUGCGAAUGGUGGAUCAGUUCGUCUCUCCUUCAGUGCGGCAGGAAUUUGACGCAGAGUUCCUACCUCAAUUCAACACCAAGGUUGACGUGUACACAAUCUUCUUCACCAAGGACGAGGGGCAUCCCAUCGUUGAUGAAGAACUUGCUGAAUACGUCAAAAUGCAACCAUAUAGCCGAUAUCUGACGUCGUCGGUAGAUAUUGCUUUUCUGUAUGCCUACGAGCCUACACACCAUGGAGUAGCCAUUCUGCGUACGAAGAAUCACGAUUUUGUCAUAAUGUACAAGGACCCCAUCAACGACAAAAUGCGGCCUAAAGUUGUGGCCACGCGUGUCGUAGGAUACAUGGUUCUGUAUCUCCGCCAAUCUUCGUUCUUACCCAACUUACAAUCACAACUAAAAGAACAUGUCAUAGACAUCAUAGAAAACAAAGAUGGCCAACCCAUUAACGAACUAUAA